AUGGCCAUCGUCGACCACCACCACAACCACAGGUCUCACUUUGAAGGGAAGCUCUGGAGGCUCUGUCCAUUCUGGCAAUCAGGAACUGCUUCUUCGUCAUCUUCUUCAACUCAGAACCUCAAUUCUCAGAACCAGCAAAACGGUGCUGUAUCGAACACUCGCCCUCCGAAUACUGUUUCAUCUGUCGCGAGAUCGCUCCUUCCGGCCAGGCGUAGACUCCGGCUUGAUCCAGCUAACAAUCUGUAUUUUCCUUAUGAACCGGGCAAACAGGUCAGGAGUGCUGUUAAAAUCAAGAAUACUAGCAGGUCUCAUGUGGCUUUCAAGUUUCAAACUACUGCACCAAAGAGUUGUUACAUGCGACCACCUGGUGGUAUCCUAGCUCCUGGAGAAAGCCUUAUUGCUACUGUUUGUGGAGCAGCCAGAGAACAUGAGAAACAAUUAGAUCAGAAAAGCAAGGUUAAGUUCAAGAUCAUGAGUCUAAAGGUGAAAUCAGGAACAGAUUAUGUACCGGAGUUGUUUGAUGAGCAAAAGGAUCAAGUAAUUGUUGAACGUAUUUUGCGUGUUGUGUUUUUGGAUGCAGAGCGCCCUACUUCUGCACUUGAAAAACUAAAGCGUCAGUUGGCUGAAGCUGAAGCUGCAGUAGAAUCACGCAAGAAACCUCCAGCUGAUACUGGUCCUCGAGGAGUUGGUGAAGGUUUUGUCAUAGAUGAAUGGAAAGAACGAAGGGAGAAAUAUCUUGCACAGCAACAGGUCGCAGCCGUUGACUCUCUGUAA